CGCAGGCAGAUGCGCGGGUUUGGCUCUGCCGUGCGCGCCCCCCCGCUGGCGCUCAGCCCUCGGGGGCGUGCGGGGGGAGGCAGCCCCUGCGCGGGGAGGUAGGACCCUGCGCCGAGCCCCUCCCCGCCGUGGAGUCGGAGAAGAGAUGCCCAACUUUCCCCUUCCUCCCCGGCGGCGCGGCGCGGGGCGCGGAGCGCGGAGCCGGGCGGGCGGCGGCGGGGCUGGAGCGCGGCGCAGCGGGCAGCGGGGGGAACCCGCCGCCGCCCCCGGCCCGGCCCCGCGCUGAGCCCCGCCGGGGCAGCCGCACCGCCGCUGCCGCCCCCGGGGCCGGUCCUCGCCUCGCCGAGAUGCCCGGGACGGUGCUGCUGCUCUGCCUGGCCCUCGGGCCGGUCCUGCGCGCCAGGUGUGAGAGCACAGAGGAAUAUGAUUACGAUUACCUCAGCAUCAAUAAAACCUGGGUUCUCACCCCGAAGGCACAGGAGACUGAUGCUACGCAGAUCCUCAACUCACUGCUGAAGAACUAUGACAACAAGCUGAGGCCCGACAUUGGCAUCAAGCCCACGUAUAUUGAUGUGGAUAUCUACGUGAACAGCAUCGGGCCAGUGUCUGUCAUCCAGAUGGAAUACACCAUUGAUAUCUUCUUUGCUCAGACGUGGUAUGACCGGCGUCUUCGUUUCAACAGCACCUUGAAGGCCCUCACACUGAACACCAACAUGGUGAGCCGCAUCUGGAUCCCAGAUACCUUUUUUAGGAACUCCAAGCGGGCCGAUUCCCACUGGAUAACCACUCCUAAUCAGCUCCUCCGCAUUUGGAAUGACGGAAAAGUGCUCUACACACUCAGGCUGACAAUUGAGGCUGAAUGUCUGCUCCAGCUGCAGAAUUUCCCAAUGGAUACUCACUCCUGCCCUUUGGUUUUUUCCAGUUAUGGUUACCCACGUGAGGAGAUUGUCUAUCGCUGGAGGCGCUACUCCAUUGAGGUCUCCGACCAGCGCACCUGGAGGCUCUACCAGUUUGACUUCACAGGGCUCAGGAACACCUCAGAAGUUCUCAGGACAGGGGCAGGGGAGUACAUGGUGAUGACAGUUUCUUUUGAUCUGAGUAGACGUAUGGGUUAUUUUGCCAUUCAGACCUACAUUCCCUGCAUCCUGACUGUUGUUCUUUCCUGGGUUUCCUUCUGGAUCAAGAGAGAUUCUACGCCAGCCAGGACAUCUCUGGGUAUCACAACUGUGUUAACGAUGACCACCCUGAGUACCAUUUCCCGCAAGCACCUUCCUCGUGUUUCCUAUAUCACAGCCAUGGACCUCUUUGUCUCUGUGUGCUUCAUCUUCGUCUUUGCAGCUCUCAUGGAGUAUGCUACACUCAACUACCUGGUGGGGAACAAGAAACCACUUGAGCACAACAAUAGGAAAGCCAGGCUGCCGCCUGCCGGUGCACAGGUGAUGCCAUCCUUUACCACCAUCAAUAUCAACAACAUCAUGCACUGGCCCCCAGAGAUAGAGGAGGAUGAGGAUGAAGACCCUGGAUCCCCAUGCCUGGAAGGAAAGGAAUGCGAGAGGUUCUUCUGCUGCUUUGAGGACUGUCAGACAGGAAUGUGGCGGGAGGGGCGGGUCCGCAUUCACAUCUCCCGCCUGGACUCUUACUCUCGUGUCUUCUUCCCCACUGCCUUCCUGCUCUUCAACAUUGUCUACUGGAUUGCCUAUCUCUAUCUCUAGCCAUUCUUUGUCCUCAGCUGGAAUGGACUGGAAAUCAGCAAGAUGGGCUUCUCAAGGAGCAUAGAGAACAGCAUCUCUUCCAUUGUAGUCGAUUGUCGGUCUGAGCACUCCAACCUGGCGAUUCCCUUUUCCUGCUCUCUCAUCUCUUCUGAGAAGAACCAGACAGCUUUUUUUAUCCUUCUAACAUACCUUUUUAGAGAAUCUACCCUUCCCAAACAACCACCUCUCCAGCACCACCAGCAUUUUACUCCUUGUAAGAUUUUUCCAAAAACAUCCUUUUCCCAUCUCGAACAUUAGGGAUUUUGUCAAAAACAAAAACCUUAAUGCAUUUCAUUUUUCUAUCCAAUCCUACUCCAAAAUUCCAUCGGAAUUGAUGGCAAAUGGAGUUUUCUGCAUAGUUAUUCAGACUGAAAAGGAAAUAAAGUAGAUCUUACAACUUCUGCACCACUUCCACCAGAAAAGACUUUGUGGAGUGCUAGAGGCUUGGAAAGGUCAGAAGGAAAGAAGUGUGAAAGAUGAUAGCAGUAUAGCUUUCCCACAGCAGCUGGGCUUGGCUAAAAUGUUUUUAACCUGGCCAGAAAGCUGACAGUGGCACUGACAAGGAGGGAGUAGCUGCAAGCCUCCACCAGCUCCCCACAGAAUAUCUGUGGAGCAUUCCUCAUGGAGCACUCCACGUGUUGUACCAAGUGGCACCCAAGGCAUACACCCACUGAGGCGUUGCUGAUUUUCAUCAGACGGUAGUAAAAAGCACUUCACAAAUUUGAAGGGCCCAUCUCCCUUACUGAGCAGACUCUUCAGGGCCCACGAUGACAUUCUGCUUUGUGAUCAGGACUUUGAGCAGGCUGUGCAGCUUAUGUUGGGCACAGCCAAAACAGGGAGAAAGUCCUUAUGCUACAAGACUAGAAGCAGUCUCAUGAGCCAGUUGUGAGGCAGUUUUCUUUGGCCUGUCUCAUGUGAGCUGGGCCCUAUUGUACCAUGCAUCUCAGCAGGGCACUGCUCUCCUUCACAAUGACACUUGCUGGAACCAUCAGAUCUGUGCUUGGUAGUAGGUGCUAACCUGAGAAAGGGGUGCUAGAAAAGGGAACACAAUCAUCUACCAGUACUGCACCUAGGAGUGGCGGGGACAGAGCAUUCCUGCAGCUCAGAUGCAUUUCCUUAAUUAUCUUUUGUAGGAAUUACAUAAAAAAGCAGACUUCCUAAAACUGUAUGACUCCUCCCAGUUGCCACCAAUACUUGCCCGCUUUCUUCCCAAAAUCAGGAAGUGGAGUGAGUCAUCCUUGGUAGAUUUCAGGAAGGUCAGACAUAGUGAGAUGGUUCCUAAUGGUCCAUCUUAAAGGGCUAGAGAAGUGCAUAAUAUGGUUUCAGCUGGAAAGAAACUGCAUAAUGUAGAAGAGGAAACUCAGGCCCAAGGUCCAUAAUGUGUAAAUCAGCUGCCUCCCCAUUUAUAUCAACUGUUGAUGUGGUCCACAGCAUGAUUGUGAAAAGCAAGGUGCCAUUAAUAGUUACUUACUGUGUAAAUUGCAAGAAAAAAAAAAAUUUUAGAAACAGCAUGUUUUAGAAAUAAUCAGUACUUAAAAGGCUUGUCACAAGACUAAAUCUGGCAUGGCUGCAGAGAAAAAGUUAGGAACAGCUGGCUCACAGGACAGCUUCAGCGGCAGGAGGUUUUACAUAUUCUUAGAGAGCAAUUUGAUCUGGUUUAAAGAUGGAGUUCAAGACUGUUAAAUCUGAUCUGAAUAAUGAAGUGUCAUGUUUAAUUCAUUCAUAAAUACAGCCUUACCUUGGUUCCAGAGGAACAGUUAGAGCGCCUAAUUAAGUAUACAAUAGUACACCACUCAGCUAAGUAUAACCUAAUGGGGUCAGACCAGCAUAGCUCUGGAAGGGGAAAUUGUGCCUGUCUAACCUGUUACAGUUCUUCUUUUAAAACAUCAAGUAAGAGAUAAAGGUUACCUAGAAGCAUAUUUUGCUUAGCUACUCCAACAGCUUUUGAAAGGAUGGAAAGAAAUUAUGGCGGGUGGUUCUAACUGAGGAAAUUGAUUUGGCAAAAGAAUUAUUAAGGAGGUUCUAAUUAGAGGAAAUUAACUGAGGAGACGGGAAAAAAGAAUUGUUAAGGAGGCUCUAAUUAGAGGAAAUUAAUGUUUUAGAGAGAAAGUCACAGAGAGGGAGAAGUCUAAGAAAAGAAUCAAAACAACUUCCAGACAAGGAGAGCUGCUGGGUGACAGCACCGACUCCCAGCCAAGCGGGUUGAUGUUCUGCUCCUGAUAGCAAAGCGCUAUUCAAUGUAGCAACAGAAAAACCUCCUAUGACUCAACCAUACACUGACAGGGAGCUGGAUUAAACAGGGUCCUGUGAUCUCUGUGGGGAGCCAAAAGGAAAGAGCAUCCUAUAUUAAAACUGGCUCAUGCGACAGACUCCGAGUGAAGCAUGUCUUUACAUAUCAGAAGGCAGCUGCUAGCCUGUGCGUGGGAGGGGGCACCCUGGUGGCAAACCAGGGCCCGUGCCAAAUACGCUCAUUAACAGUAUGGUGCCAUAAAAGGUGUGCAGGCAUUGUAGGCUGUGGUGAACACAGGCAGCAAAAUGUGGAAGGGGAGCAGCUGAGAAAGCCAUGGUGGAAGGGAAAAUUUAACAUCCAUGUGCAAAGGAGGCCAAACAUCUGCAACUGACUGUAGCUUCAAAGCACGUGGGAGCCUUGAUGGACUCAGAUGAUCAUCAUGGGCACCAGAGUACAGACUUCAGCCCUGAGAGUAGCAGCUUGUUGAAAUUAGACUUUUUACAGAAUCAGCCCAGAGACAAGCAGGGUGUACAAGAGACCUAAGAGGAUGACAGGGACUUGGGCAAAGCAGACUUGAAAGAUUAUAAGAUUUCACCAAAAAAAGAUAAAGCCAACACACACCUAGGUUAUUUAACCAAUGAUGGAGGAUUUGACAGAGGAAAAUAGCCUAGCGUGGGCUGGAGCACAAGGAAGCUGAUUACUAAGGCUGGGGAAGGAGGAGGGAGGGGGCUUUUUGGCUUAGGGAAAUCUGUCCCCAUCAUAAAUAGCUCAAUAAAUAAAGGCAUGCACAAAUUCAAUCAUGUUUUUAAGUUUCUACAGUAUCUCAAAAAAGGAAAGCUAAGAAAAGGCAGAAAGAAAAAUAUGCCAUUUCUUUUAGUUACUUUUCAAAGUUCCAGUUUCCUGAAAAAAAGGUUUCCCUGCUAUCAGCAGGGAAGCCAGGGCACAGAGAUAUCCAGUAGCCAUGUGUGGCCCUGCUCAGCAAGUUAGUAGGAGCUAAGCCUACUGGUCCCCUCCUAGACUGGCAGAAACAGCCUGCCCUUCCCUGCGUGCUGUGGUUUCUGCCAUCAUGCUGGAGUGGGUUAUGGUACCGCAGCAUCUUUCAGCCCAGGACAGCUGUUGCCUUUUCACCAGUGUCUCCCUAGCUCAGUCCAGAGGACACAGCCCGAGAACAUGGGGCUGAGCAGCCAUGCCGCAGCAGGCAGAAGGGAUGGAGACACCUGGGUGGCUGCACUGCCUGCUCCUCUCACGUAGGUUUUAACUGUCUUCCCCACCCUGGAGGAGCUGCAUAUUGCCACUGUCACAGCCAAAUUGGCACUGGGCUUCCCUCACCUCCUCCCUCCCCCUCCCAGGGACAAGUGAGUCAUCCGCCCACCCCGCAGUGCCUACAGAGGACCUCUGUCAGACAGCUACUACAUAACAAGUUUCCUUGCUGGUGGCCCAAGAGUGCCCGAUGCUGGCUAUCAUGGCUGAUCCCAUAGCAGAAGAGCACACAUUCCAUGUUAGUGAACAUGGUCAGUUCCACCACUCGCUGGACAAUCAGCUCUACAACUUCCAGGAGGAAAUGGGUGAUGAAUUCAUCUGCCAUAUCUGCCUUUAGGCUCUGCUCCAGCCUAUGGACAGCCCCUGUGGACAUAUUUACUGUUUCAGAUGCCCUGAGAACUUCAUGCAGUAUAAACUCGCCCAGUGGAGCAGAAAAAGCUCUCUUUCCAGCACUGCCAGAAGACCAGCCUUUUAGUUUGAAACCGGUUGAACAAGCUGACUGUCUUCUGUCCUUGCAAGGCACAGUGCCAGCAGACAAUGCAGUGGUAUGAACCAGAAGAUCAUCUGCAGAACAGGCAUCCUGGUUUCAAGAUAUACAAAUCUGAACUACAGUAGAAAAAGAAUCCCAAUUCCAAAGGGAAGGAAGAGUCCCCUACCAAGAUGAAGAUAAACACACCCAAGAGGUACCAAGUGAAGGAGCAUCACUUAUGGCAGAAAACCCUGCAGCUGCUGUGGUAUUGCUAGGGACUGCAAAGCCUGGGCUGGUUAAUCUAGCUUUUGAGGACACUGAAGAGGACCUUCCUCAGAGAGUUAGUCUUAUGGCUGAAAUGAACACAAUUGAAAGUCACCAAGAAGACCCAGAGGAAGGGUUGAGGCUAAGGAUAGCUUGGGGUAAAGACACCCCACUAGGAAACACCGUUGUGCAGGAAGUUUUGUGGGAUUCUGUCUUUGCUACAGAUGGAAAUAUAGCACCUGGGGACCAUAUUCUUGAGACGAAUGGUGUCAAGAUCAUCAGUGUGACUCACUGCCAAGCUGUCUCUCCUGUGCUACCCCGGGCUCCGUACUGGGGACAGUUCUGUUUAGUAUCUUUAUCAAUGAUCUGGAUGAGGGGAUUGAGUGCACCCUCAAUAAGUUUGCAGAUGACACCAAGGUGGGAGGGAGUGUUGAUCUGUUUGAGGGUAGGAAGGCUCUGCAGAGGGGUCUGGACAGGCUGAAUCGAUGGGCCAAGGUCAACUGUAUGUGGUUCAACAAGGCUAAGCAUCAGGUCCUGCACUUGGGUCACAACAACCCCAGGCAACGCUACAGGUUUGGGGAGGAGUGGCUGGAAAGCUGCCCGGAGGAGAAGGACCUGGGGGUGCUGGCUGACAGCCAGCUGAACAUGAGGCAGCAGCGUGCCCAGGUGGCCAAGGAGGCCAACAGCAUCCUGGCUUGUAUCAGGAAUAGUGUGGCCAGCGGGAGCAGGGCAGUGAUGGUACCACUGUGCUCGGCACUGGUGAGGCCCCACCUUGAAUACUGUGUUCAGUUUUGGGCCCCUCAGGAGAAGAAAGACAUUGAUUUGCUUGAGCGUGUCCAGAGAAGGGCAACAAAGCUGGUGAAGGGUCUGGAGAGCGGGUCUUAUGAGGAGUGGCUGGGAAACUGGGGUUGUUUAGUCUGGAGAAGAAGAGGCUGAAGGGAGACCUUAUCACUCUCUACAACUACCUGAAAGGAGGUUGUAGUGAGGUGGGGGUUGGUCUCUUCUCCCAAGUAAUGAGUGAUAGGACAAGAAGGAAUGGCCUCGAGCUACACCAGGGGAUGUUCAGAUUGGAUAUUAGAAAAAAUUUCUUCACCAAAAGGGUUAUCAAGCAUUGGAACAGGCUACCCAGGAAAGUGGUUGUGUCACCAUCCCUGGAGGUAUUUAAAAGAUAUGUAGAUGUGAAGCCUAGGGACAUGGUUUGGUGGUGGACUUAGCAGUGUUACCUUUACGGUUGGAGUCUAUGAUCAUACGGGUCUUUUCCAACAUGAAUGGGUCUAUGAUUCUAACAGCUGGCUAAUGACGGGGACUGGAAACAAUGAUCUCAGCAUUUAUGUUUUAUGGCUUUUGUUUGGAAGAUCAAAGGAAGUCAGGAAAAAGGUUGAUUCCUCAUUUCCCUGUCUCAAAUUCCUAUCCUUCCUCUCUAAAUUAUGCUGUGUAAGGGACCAUUUUUAGACUGUACGCUCUUCAGGGCAGGGACUAUCUUAAUUUGUGUUUGUACAAAGACUAGCACACUAGGGCUUGAUCCUUAACUGAGAUUUCUGGAUGCUACUUAUUAUAGAUAAUAAACAACAGUAUGGACUACCUGUCUUCAACACCACUGUCUAUCCACACCUUGAAAGAAGGCUAAAAAUUGUCCCCCAUCCUGAUGGGGUUACUGAAGCUGGUUAAUAUUUUUGUUUCUCCAGAGAAAAAUAUCUUGCUGGAAACUGGGGAAAUGUUGGUCUGAUAUUUUGGGGUGUAUUUUUCUGAUUAUUUUUUUUAAGAACAAAGUUGCUUCAAAUCAACACUGUUCAGAAGCAGUCUCUACCAUUUAAAAUCAUUACUUCUAAAGCAAGGAAAACCUUUGCUUGGUCCCCUCAGUCUGCUGCCAUAUUUCCCCAAGUGUUUUGAGAAGGGUUUUGACAUUAAUAUCUGGUGCACUUUAUUUUGGCCUUUCUGCUCCCCAUAGUAAUGCUGAUUACUUUUGGGGUGAUCUGCAGGCUCUGAAGAACAUCUCCCCCAAGAGCUACCCAGCCUCCUGUCCUAGAACCUCAUGGUGGAGCAAAAGCCAGCAGUGCCUGAGCAGCUGUCAAAUCCAGCC